AUGCUUCAAUGUUUUGAUCAAACUCUCCGUGACGGCUUACAAUCGAUUUUCAACGUUUCCCUUGACCCGAAAGGUUGGUUACAGGCAACCCUGCCCAUCUCGGUUGGUGGCUUAGGUUUAGGUACCGUGGUGGAUUUAGCACCUUCUGCUUUUUUGGCUUCUGCUGCUGCCACGGUUCCUCUCCAAAAUUUGUUGUUGCCCAGGGAUAAAAUAUAUUCCGACAAUUUCAGAAUCCAAGUUUUUGAUGGGUUCCGGACCGUCCACGGAGCGGGGAUUUGUAUCGAAACCCGUUCUCAAAAAGAGUGGAACGCUCCAUUUAUCAGCAGCUCAGUUGCUAAGUUGCUGGAUUUGAACCAAUCAAAUUUUGACAAAGCCAGGAUAAUGGCUGUAAAAAGCGAGUGCUUUCAGAGGGCAAACAUACCCACAAUUAAAGAACCCACGGGUCUUAUGGAGGAAGGUAGCCUCAGGCCCGAUGGGUAUACUAUUUCACCAUGGGCGCAGGGACGUUCCCUUGCUUGGGAUGUUACGUUCCUUCACACCAUGGCUGAAAGGUACAUUAAUCUUACCUCACAGGAGGCGGGUGCCGCUGCCUUAAGAGCCGCAGAUUUUAAAAAUUCAAAAUAUGCGGCUCUUGCAGAAAGCAAAAUUGUUCAGCCAGUCUGCAUUGAGACUUUUGGUCCAACCGAUGCUCAGACUCAGAGUUUUCUGAAUGAACUCUGUAGCAGGAUUGUAGAAGUAUCGGGUGACCCAUCAUUGGCCCAUCAAGAGUUAUGUAAAGCAAUCCUUUUCUAUUUUACUUCAAAAAUAUAA